AUGGUGGAAUCGACCACUCCCGUUAAAAUGCCCCAACAGACCGGUUCUCCCUUGUUCCCCAUCACUCCAGAUCGCAUGAAUCAGCAAAAGAUGAACAUCUCGCCAACAAAGUCAUUGGACGCUAUGCAUUCCCCGACCAGGUCUGGACGCGGGGCCUCAGAUGUCCAAGCAAAAGUCGCGUUUCUCAAUCGACUGUCUAGUGCCACUACGCCCGAGAGACCUGUUUCUCACGUCUCGACAACCACUGCCGCACUACAGAGAGCAAUCCUUGGUCGAGAAGAAGCUGAGUCUGCGUUGCAGACUGCCCUUGCGCAGCUUUCUGAGGCCAAUGCGCGGGAGCGGAGGGUUAGUGAACGAUUGGAGUCGUUGGUAGAGGAGCUUCACUCGCUCAAAGAGAGACAAGUACAUGAACGAACUGUGUUCGAAAAGGAAGUUAGGAAGGCAAGAAAGGAAGCGUUUCGUGCUGGAUCCGCGUUGGUUAAGGCGCAGGAGGAAUUGAAGUUCUCUAGGGGGGAGAUAAAAAGUUUGAAGGAAGAGGUAAAACUGGAGAGAGACGCAAAAGAAAGGGCGAAGCAGGAAGCGUUUGAGCGUGCGUAUGCAUUGGCAGGCUUGACCGAAGAACUCGAAACUUUGAAAGGAAAACUCCGAGCUUCGGAAACCGAGAAUAACUUUGAAAGUCUGGAAGCACAGGUGGAGGAAAUUCGGGGACAGACUCCCGCCAAAAAUUUGGCCGCACCUGAGGCUGUUCUCAUGUCCACGUCGCCAGGAUCUAGAGGGAUAAAAAGGGGCCAACCAGACUCUACUGACAAUCGAUCCCCCAGUCGCAAACGGAGCCUAAAUACUCGGGAUCGCCUAAGCUCCAAACUCGGAUCUCCUGUCAAAUUUUCACUUGAUUCCACAACAUCAGUGGGCGAAGACUCCAUGGAAGUUGGGCUUGAUGAAGAUGAUUCUUGUCUUAUUGAUAAACUUAACGACGAUCUCCAGUGGGAGAAGCGGAUGCGACAGAAAGCGGAGGACAUGGUACAUUUUCUAAAGAUGGAAUGCCAAUUCAAGCGCUGCUCCUGCAGGCUUGCAGAGAACCGAGGAACCCGAUAUGUACAUGAUCCAUCUUGGGAUACACUUUGCCAGGGAACAGAGAAGGAGCCUGAGCUAAAAGAAGCUCGCACAAAGCCUCAGGACAUUCCAGCUUUACAGGGACAACCAUCCCCUUCCAUUCCCACACCCCCAUGUGAAGCCCAUGAAGAGCCUGAGCAACAACCAGAUGAACCCUUGGUUACGUUUUGUUCGGAUACUGGUACCUUUCAAGUCAUUCCGUCACCCAACCGGAAUACCGAUGUGAAUGAUGGCUCAAUGAAUGCGAGCCAAACCUCCUUUGGACCGUCUUCCCCUUCCCCUACAUUUGCACCCCAGAAUAUGGAUAUUAUGGGUCAAACAGAGGAAGCCCAGGAUCUUGAGCUGGCUUCUCAAUCCCCUGACACAGAAAUAUCGAUCGAAAUAGAUCAGUACAGACCCUCCUCCAAUUCUCCUCUUGAAACCGUCCCUGCGAACCGCACCGGCAGCCACUCCCUUGGCCCCAAACUUCCAUUCAAAACUCACCCAUAUCAACCCAGCCACCUUGAAUACCAAACCAUCACAACAACCAGGACUAUCCCCCUCUACGCAGAGACGCAAGCAGCCCGCAGCGAAGCAGCAUUUUGCCCUAUCCCCGCUACUCCCAUCAACCGAGAAGAAGCGCUAGCGCAAAUACGUGCCCGGCGCGACCGCACGCAAGGUGCACUCAAAAGAUCUGCCAGCGCCAACGACGCUAAUACAAAAUUAGGGAUGAUGGGCAAUACGAUUACCCCAAUGACGGGGACAAAAAGAAUCCCAAGGGUGGAAAAUUCUGGGGCUCUAGAGGGUCAUUCGAUGUAUUUAGGCUCGGGGAUCAGGGGAAGAAGAGAUAUUAGUGCGCCAAUCGCGAGUGUCAGAAGAAACUUUAGGUGA